AUGGAAGAUGAAGAGUCGGCUUCCCACUCUAACAGAACCGAUACAGAGAAGACCGAGGACGAAAGAUCGGUCAAUGAGGACAAGCAUUCGGCCCAGAGCCCCGAUAAUACCGAUCCUGACGCCAAUCCUAAGACCACCGAGGGUGGUGAAGAGGAUGAUGAAGAAGGUGAUAAAGAAGCCAAUGAUGAAGGCGGCGAUAAAGAGAAUGAGGAGGCCGAAGAAGCAGAGGCCGAUAGGAUAUCUCUGAAACUCCUUCGAGGCGCCAAAAAGCGAGCCGAGUCGAUUGAGGAGCUAUACCUGGAAUGGCACGAGCACCGGUUCGGCACACCGUAUAGGGAAAUCCUACCGGGCCACACAGACUUGGAUUGCAUCAAAAGACUAAAGGAAGUGGAGGACUUGAUCAUGAAUCUCACAAACUCCAACACAAUUCAGGAGGUACUACACCGAACCUGCCUCUUAAUACCAAAGGUCCAACUACGGAAGCUAACCACACGCAUCCGGAAAAUUACGGAGGAGUUCGAAACGGUGGGACCGGAAGACACCUUAAAACCGCGGGUGUUAGAAAGGCUUGAAAAAGCCAAAGGGGAACUCAUUCAAGAAAUCGACCGGCUAGAAGCAAUAUGCAGCCAAAUGAAAAUACCGGUCUAUACUGCUCCCCGGAUCGAAACGACUCCGGAUCACUGUCCAACACCUCCAAAGGAGAAUGCGACAUCAAAAGAAUCCGAUGAAAGAGCGGAUCCUAAACUCACCGGGCAAUCCCCUCCUUCACAACCGGAAGUCUCCGCAUCAGACUUCACAAAGGAAUGGGUUGAGGGCCGUCUUCAAAGGAUUGAAGAAUCAACAGCAGAACGGAUUGAUAACCGCAUUCAAGAGUUUGAAGACUCCGCGGUUCAGCCAUUCAAGGAGAGAUUCCAAAGAAUCGUAGGCUCGGCACUCAAGUUCGCCGACAACACAAGGUAUCUCCUGAAUAACAAUCGGGACCGACUCUCAGAAAUGGACGAAGAUCUGCAGGAAGAGACGGCUCAGCGCAGUAAAUAUGUUAAGCGAACCGCAAUUCUGGAGGAUUUGACCUCCGAGUUAAAGAAAGACUUCGACCGGCUUGAAAGAGAGACCGAUCAACGAUUGACAACGAUGGGUGAUGACCUGGUCGGUACAACACUCGGACGGGUCUCCGAACUCGAAAAGAAAAAUGAGGGUCUCGAGGCCGAACUUAAGGCGCUUUCCGAACAAGUUGCCGAAAUGCUAAAGGCAAAGUUGAACGCGGACGCCGCGGCUGUAGCGGAUGAUGCUCAAGCGGCUAAGAGGGUCCAGGAUGCGCUGGAUGCCGAAGCAAGUAAAGAGAAGGAGGCACCGCGUUCAUCCCAACUUACCGAGGAGGAAGAGGAAGCCGAGCGGAUUAAAAGGGUAGAGGCCUUGUUCCCGGGACUUACAAAGAAAGCAGCCGCUCAGGCUGCGAAAGAUGACGCGCGGUUAGAAAGGGAAAAACGGAGGCUGGAAGGCUUCGCAGAAGAAAACAAGAAGAAAAAGGAUGAUCAAGUCGAAGAGGAAGUUGAAGAACAACUGCAGUCCCGGUCUACAAGACCACGAGUCUCUGAACCGGCCAGUCGACAACAAAAGAAAAAGCGGAGCAUCUACGACUUCUCGGACUCGGAAUAG